GGGGUCGUUUCGAAGAAGCACAGCCGGGGUUUCUGGUGACAUCACGUAGGAAAGUACACACUCUGACGGCGCAGCACUGACCUGAAAACAACAAGACGUAGACUCAUUUCUACCGACAACGGCUCAUGACACCGUCGUAGAAAUCCGCAAGUCUAGGUACAACAAUGGAGAAACCUCCCUUCAGGCAGAACCAGAACUGCGGAGACUGGGAGCUGAAAGAGAGGCUGGGUAUAGGCGGUUUUGCCCAUGUUUACCUCUACCAACAUCAUGAAACAAAUGAAAAACUAGCUGUGAAAAUGUGCCGUUUAGAGCUUACGCCAAGGAACAAGGACAGAUGGAGCAGAGAAAUCCAGAUCAUGAAAAAAUUAAAUCACAUAAAUGUUGUGACAGCUCGAGACGUCCCAGAGGAGAUGAGGUACAUAGCCUUAAAUGAUCUUCCACUGCUGGCCAUGGAGUACUGCUCCAGGGGAGACCUGAGGAAGGUGCUGAGCAAACCUGAAAACUGCUGCGGUUUGAAAGAGAGCGAAGUGCUUUCAUUACUCAAUGAUGUUGGAUCUGGUAUCCAGUAUCUGCACGAAAACAAGAUCAUACACAGAGAUCUGAAACCUGAAAACAUAGUGCUGCAGGACAUCAACGGAAAGCUGGUUCACAAAAUCAUUGACCUGGGCUAUGCUAAAGACCUGGACCAGGGUAGUCUGUGUACGUCGUUCGUCGGCACGCUGCAGUAUCUGGCACCUGAGCUGUUUGAGAAUAAGCCAUACACCGUGACUGUGGACUAUUGGAGCUUUGGCACGAUGAUAUUCGAAUGCAGUUGUGGUUUCCGUCCUUUCUUGCACAACCUCCAGCCUGUGCAGUGGGCAAGCAAAGUGCGAAAUAAAGGUCCGAAAGACAUCAUGGCUGUAGAAGAUUUGAAUGGAGAAGUCAGAUUCUCCACACACCUCCCCUACCCCAACAAUCUCAGCAGGACGCUGUUGGAGUCGAUGGAGGCACUGCUUCAGCUGAUGUUAAAGUGGGAUCCUGUCCAGAGAGGAGGCAAAGUGAACCCCGAGACCAAGAAACCCAUGUGCUUUGAAGUACUGGAGCAGAUACUGAGUAUGAAGGUCGUCCACAUUCUGAACAUGACCACAGCUCAGGUCCACUCUUUCCAGCUGUCUCCGGAUGAGAGUCUCCACAGUCUGCAGAAGCGUAUCGAGCUGGAGACCAAGAUCGAGGUGGUCAACCAGGAGCUGCUGCAGGAGACGGGCGUGUCACUGGACCCCAGGAAGCCCGCUGCACAGUGUGUCCUAGAUGGAGUGAGAGGGUGGGAUAGCUAUAUCGUCUACCUGUUUGACAAGAGCAUCACCAAGUACUCUGGUCCCUUUAGUGCCAGACAGCUGCCUGACAAAGUCAACACUAUUGUCCAAGAGGCCAAGACCCAGCUGCCCCUGGUUGCAUUGAAGAAGGUUUGGGGUGAAGCAGUGAGCUACAUCUGCGGUCUGAAGGAGGACUACAGCAGACUUUUCCAAGGACAGAGGGCUGCUAUGUUGAGCCUCCUGCGCUACAACACCAACCUGACCAGGUGUAAGAACAGUAUGUUUGGCUUCUCUCAGCAGCUGAAAGCCAAGCUCGACUUCUUCAAGAGCAGUAUCCAGUAUGACCUGGAAAAAUACAGCGAUCAGAUGCACUAUGGCAUAUCCUCUGAAAAGAUGCUUAAAGCUUGGAAGGAGAAUGAGGAAAGAGCUGCUGCUUUUGCACAGGUGGCAGAAGUGAGCCACUUGGAUGAUGAGAUCAUGGCUCUGCACUCUGAGAUAGUGGAGCUCCAGAGGAGCCCGUACGCCCGACGCCAAGGAGACAAGAUGGAGCAGCUAGAAGAAAAGGCGAUCGAGCUCUACAAGCAACUGAAGAUGAAAUGCAAAAUACCUGAGCCAGAUGUGAGCAGUGACAGCUCUGAGAUGGUGAAGGCCAUCAUCCAGACUGUCCAGAACCAAGACAAGGUCCUCAAAGAUCUGUAUACCCACCUCAGUAAGAUCCUGAUCAGCAAACAGAAGAUCAUUGACUUGUUCCCACGAAUUGAGAAAACCCUGGAGAGCAUCAAGGAUGCCGACAACACAGUGAUGCAGAUGCAAAUAAAGAGACAGAGAGAGUUUUGGCAUUUACUGAAGAUCGCCUGUGCUCAGAACUCAUCACGGAGCUCGAUAGCAGCCAGUCCCGAGUCGUCCAACCUGCUGCAGGUGUCUCAGUGGUCGCAGUCAGCACAACCUGUUAGCUCCCCACAUCCUCUCACUUCUCUACCUGGGCCAAACGACAGUGAUGCUGCCCCACGUCUGCUGCAGGAGAACCAGAAGUACCUCAGUCAGCUGACCAGCCUGAUGCAGGAAGCUGCUGAUGAACAGGCCAAGAGCAUAGUGGACCAAGACUGGAGCUGGACAAAAUAUGAAACUUUAACAACAAAAUUAAAAAAGCGAAACGCGUAAAGACCUUUUGCGUCCUCCAUCCCGCUUGUGCUCCGAGUAACACUAAAGACUGUAAGCUGUUAACGCAGCCACCAAGCAUUGUACAGUUGUACAUGGACUCGGGAUAUUCUCUCUCUCCAAAAAAAAAAAGUUCUCUUGAUCUUCUUUUGAAAAAAAAAAAAAGUUCACACAUGCUCAGUGGUGUUUAUCCACCCCUGUCGUCUCACAUGGUGGAAAUAUUCUUGUUUUUGUAUGAGAAAACAAAUGAAGCCGUGUCUCUACUCUACUUUUCCUUUUUGCUGCACAGUAUUUAUCAUAACUCAUAAAAACUGAUUAUAUUAUUUCUACUAUUAUUGCAACAUUGAGCAAACUGUAGCACCAAUGUUUUGAGGAGGUUUGAGGUGGAUUGAUCACACGGGAGAGUAUUCGACAGAAACAUGGAAACUAGUUCAGCCUCGUGAAAAGACAGGAAGUGGUCGGGGGUGUGGGAUGAGGGGUCAAGGAGGAAAUUACAAUCAAGCAAACAGCACUUUGAUACUCCCAUGUAUCCUCUGUAAGGAGGCUGCCAAAACUGUUGCAGAAUUUACAGUCAUGACAAGAUGGAAACUGUUAUUGUCACUCAUAAUCAGUCAGAUAUAUUUUACUAUCAACAUACUGGGCUUUAGAUUCUGUGUACAUGUUGUUUUGAUUUUUUUUUUUUUUUUAAAUAAAGUGUUAUAUAUCAUAGGCAGAGGUGUUUUGUCAUGAUAUUUGUGACAGACGUGGCUGGCCAUCAUGUUUAUACAAUGUCUAUACUGUACAUCUGUCUUUUUAAAAAUUAGUUAUGAGUCUUAUUUACGUGCACAUACUAUUUCACUGGAUGGUUUAUGCUGCGUUCAUGUCGUACAAAGCUACGUAAUCUGCAACUAUUUUGACAAUUGAUUAAUUGUUUAUGCCCAUUUUUAAGCAAAAAUACCAAAACAUUUCAUGGAUUUUAUGGUUCCAGUUUAUCCAGUGUGAGGAUUUGCCUCUUUUACCGAUUUUACGUUGUAGUACACUGCAUAUCUUUGGGUUUUGCACUACUAGUCAAAUAGUAAAAGAAAAAUUGAAAACAUUUUGAAAUGAAAACCAUGUAGAAAACAUGAUGGAAAUAUAACAUUCCUGUGAGUGUUGAAGGAAA